CAAGACCCAAAAGCCCUAAAUAGCAAAAACCCUAUCAAAACCCUGAAACCUAGAAUCUUCUACAACCAUCUCCUCAGCGUUUAAAAGAGGGCAAUCUCUCUGUUUCAAGAGCAAAAAACCCUAGAUCUCUUAUCUGCACACAAAAAGUCAAUGGCGAAGCGUCUGAUUCCAACCCUCAACCGAAUUCUGGUGGAGAAGAUCCUCCCUCCGUCCAAGACCACCGCCGGGAUUCUCCUUCCCGAGAAGACCGUCAAGCUGAACUCCGGCAAAGUGGUUGCUGUGGGACCAGGGAUGCGUGACAUGGCGGGAAAUGUGAUACCUGUGGCUGUCAAGGAAGGUGACACAGUCCUCUUGCCUGAAUACGACGGCACCCAAGUCAAGCUCGAUGAGAAAGAGUAUCAUUUGUUCAGGGAUGAGGACGUUUUGGGUAUUCUGCAUGAUUAAUGAUGAUGUUAUGGAAUGAGAUCGAUUUGGGACAAUUGGUAAUGAGUUUUAGUUUAUGGACAUCAACUUAUAAGUGAUGGGAUUUUUGCUUUUUAUGUUACUCUCUGAAAUUGAAAUUUGCUAAUGAAGAGCUUUUUAACUUCUUUA